CCCGAGCGGCUGGCGGCGGAGGCUCGGAGCUUGCAAGGGGCCUCAGGCUCUGCAGAGUGCUGGGGUCUGGCCGAUCACUGGCUGUGGCUUCUGGGGCGCGCUCUGACUGCACGGUAGCCUGUGGGCCGGCAGACAAGAGGAGGGGAAGAUGAAGGAAGACUGUCCGUCCAGCUCCCACGUGCCCAUCAGCGACAGCAAGUCCAUUCUGAAGUCGGAGCUCCUGGGGCUGCUGAAAACCUACAACUGCUACCAUGAGGGCAGAAGCUUCCAGCUGCGGCACCGAGAGGAAGACGGGGCGCUGAUCAUCGAGGGGCUCCUCAACAUCGCCUGGGGCCUCCGGCGGCCCAUCCGGCUGCAAAUGCAGGAUGACCGGGAGCGAGUGUACCUGCCCUCUGCCUCGUGGGUGCCGGGACAGCCCAGCAGCGUUGCAAAGGAGCAUCCGCCUCAGGACGGCAUGGUCCCCGGUAAGGAGCCCAAUGCCCAGCCCAUACAGCAGGCUGAGCGCUGCGGAGACAGUGCAGCAAGGCCCCCGGAAGAGGACGAGGAAGCCCCGCAGCUGAUGCGCACCAAGAGCGACGCCAGCGCCAUGAUCCAGAGGCGGCCCAGGAACCGCGCACCUGGCGAGGUCCAGCGCAUCCGACGGCACCGCUUCUCCAUCAAUGGGCACUUUUACAACCACAAGACCUCCGUGUUCACCCCUGCCUAUGGGUCGGUGACCAACGUGAGGGUCAACAGUACGAUGACAACCCUGCAUGUGCUCACCUUGCUGCUGAACAAGUUCAGGGUGGAGGACGGCCCUGGAGAGUUCGCCCUCUACAUUGUCCAUCAGUCCGGCGAGAGGACCAAAUUAAGGGAGUGUGAGUACCCUCUGAUUUCCAGGAUCCUGCAUGGGCCCUGUGAGAAGAUUGCCAAACUGUUCCUAAUGGAAGCAGACCUGGGCGAGGAGGUCCCCCAUGAUGUUGCCCAGUACAUUAAGUUUGAAAUGCCGGUGCUGGACAGUUUUGUUGAAAAAUUAAAAGAAGAGGAGGAGAGAGAAAUUAUCAAACUGACUAUGAAGUUCGAGGCCCUGCGUCUGACCAUGCUGCAGCGCCUGGAACAGCUGGCGGAGGCCAAGUAGCUGGCCAGCGUCCGCCUCUUCUGACCCCAGCAGCAGCAAGUGCAUGUGGAGUCCCAGUGGCUGGGCCCUGACUGAUCACAUGGACUGAUGGGCACCACCUGGGGAACCCAGCAUCUGUGCUGCCACUUGUACAAAGUCUGAGUACCAUGCGACCCGCCUCCCUAGCUCCACCGCACAGGGAGCACGCAUCGGGUGCAGACCUAGCUCGAGGAGCAAGAAAUGCCUGCUGGAGUCCAAGGCUAGCCUCAGCAGUGAGUGAACUGGAGACCGCCACCCUGAUGAGGUUGGGUGGCUAGCUGUUGUGGUCAACUCUGUCCACUCACACAUCCUCUGUUUAGGACGCAGUGUUGGAUCCAGCCCCAGGGACAUGGGCUUUGUCUGCUUGGCUCAAGAGACCGUGCAGACCUUCAUCGUCUUCAUCACCCUUGUCAGUCAUGAGAUUACCUUCUGUCCCUACAUCGUAGCCAUCCAGGAACUCUGUUGAAGGGUGCUGUUCUCAACAGCUGUGGCCUGCAAGCCUCCGGCAUCACCUGUGAGUCUGGCACAGCCCAGCAGCCCCGGUGCAGAGGUCAUGUCAGGAACCUGACCAUUUUUGCCCUCUGUGGAAGUAAGCAUUAGCUUCUCAGUGAGACCUGAGGGAAUUCUUAGAAGGAGUUCUCUGCAGGCAGCAUGGCCACUGGUUCACCGUGAGGAGGUGGUCCACUCAACACUUGGCAGUUGAGAGCCAUGGGGGAUGCUAGGUCUCCAUCAUCCCCAAUCUCGAAGCCUUGCAUGCUUCUUGCUUUCCCUAUGUCCCAUCAUGUCCCAUCAGAACCCAGAAUAUAGAGGAAAACCUUGAGUUCCCUGGGGCCAGAUGCUGAAGGGAUUGUGUCUGUUUGCUAACCGAGAAUUUCUGGACUCGAUGAGAAAGGCUUUGCAGAACCGUGCGAUGGUUGAUGCUGGAUAGGCGAAACGUAGCACACUGCAGUCUACACUCUUCUCCCAAGGGGAUCUGUGGGAGGUGGGUUUAAAUGGAAGAAGCAUGAAGG